AUGCAUGAUGGUCCAUGUGGUAACUCACCAACAAGUCUACAUCCACUGAAACGACCUUGUACUCCACCAAUUCAUUAUCACCUUAAACAAGAUGAAAGAUUCGAUGUGGAGAAAGGCACACUAGGAUACAUCUUAAAUGAAAUGAAUGGUACAAUAGAAACUCAUGGAUACUUAUUUAUACCAAAAGGUUCAUGUCAUACAUUUUGGAAUGCUGGUAAUGAUGAUUUAAUUGUGAAUAUAACGCUCUACAACGAUCAAGGAAUGAUACCUGGUAGAAGUGCUGAUUCUUACUUCGAAAAUAUUAAUGGAGUUAGGCGUGAUAGUCCAAGUUUGAUAGCAACACUUCAAGUUCAAAUCGGCCAUGAUAUUUACAGAUGUGACAUUCCACAACUUUUCUAUUCAAUGUUUAGUAAAAUUUUUCAAUUAAUUGCUCUAGCUCUUGGUUAUCAAAUUCAAUACGCUGAAUAUACCACACCAGUUAUUUAG